AUGGACACGACAAGCGCUUUGAGGCGCGCAUGCGUUGACGAGUUCGUCAAAUCGCUGACAUUGGACGAGAAGCGCCUGUUCCAUGCGACCACACUCGCAGAGACGUUAUUGCGAAGUCUUGAGGAUGCCAACGCUGUACAUAAACACAAAUCUGUCUCGAGAAGGGUGAUGGAGGGAUUGGUCCCAUUCAUCUCAGGUGUAGAGCAGUAUUCAAAAGCCUUGGAUGUCUUCGCAAAUAGCAAUGACUUGCUCUGUCCAAUAUGGGGUGGGAUAAGAGUCGUUUUGACCUUGGCCAUGGAAUUUGGGGAAUAUUUUGAGAAAAUAAUGGAUAUGGCUAGUGACAUUGGUGGCCUACUUAACCGCCUUCCUCGAUACGCUCAUCUCUACCCCAAGAAUGACAAGCUGGAGCAGGCGAUUAGAACAAUAUACAGUGCCAUUUUCGACUUUUGCUCCCAAGCAAGGAACGUCUUCCGCAAGGGAGGCGAACGCACCUGCAGCAUGAAAUCCGUCCGGGAUGUCGUUACUUUCGCGUCCGUUGUACGAAUCCUGUGGAAACCGUUCAGCGUUCAGUUCGGCACCAUCAAGAACCGGAUCGAGAAGGCCGUUGGGAUGAUCGACGACGAAGCCGACCUCGCAGAGCGCGAGCUGGCAGCUCAAGAACGGCAGAAGGAUGAGUCACGAUGGAACAGGCUAGAAAUCAGUCAGCGCAAAGUCGAAGAUUUCGUCGACUUGGAAGAAAUGACCAAGCUUGAUGCGUGGCUUGGUUCAGCGAACGUAGCCGCCAACCACAAGGCAGCUUCUGCGCUCCGCCAUGCUGAGACAGGGUCAUGGUUCCUGGAGGGAGAAUCCUUCAAGAGGUGGGUAGACACGCCAAACUCGUUCCUUUGGCUCUCGGCUAUUCCCGGAGCGGGCAAGACAGUCCUUGCCUCAAGUAUCAUAAAUUGCAUCAACGAAAAGCUCAAGAACCCGCAUGUGGGGUUUGGGUAUUUCUAUUGCGAUUACAGAGAUCCACUCAAACAGACUCCUUCCAUUGUCCUGGGCACAAUUCUUGCAAUGCUUGCACGACAGAGCAAGGGUGUUCGUCAAGAGCUGAACCAGUUCUUCCUCAAACAAUACCAGGAGUCACUGACUUUCACGGCAUCGUUUGACGAACUUCGAAACAAUUUCAAGACCUUUGUCGGGCCAUAUUUUGAUUCGAUAAUCAUUGUUGUCGACGGCCUAGAUGAGGCUGGCCCUGUCAACAGCGAUUGCUUAGCCAAGGUGCUCAAAGCACUACACAGAGAAUAUCAAGAAUUGAACGUUCUCGUAACUAGUAGGAACGAACUGCCCAUUGCGCGUGUAUUCAAGAAUCUUCCCAUGACUUCUAUCGAAGAGAAAGAAGUCGCAGGAGAUAUCAGCAGCUUCAUCAUUUCUGAGCUGGAAUCGAGAAUGAACUCCGAAGGGCGCGGCGUCCUGCGAAUUCGGAGUCCGACAUUGAAGGGUACCAUCAUUACUAGACUUAUGGAAGGAUCCAAAGGCAUGUUUCAGUGGAUCAGGUGUCAGAUUGACGCACUCUGCGAACUAAGGACCGACAACGAUAUUCGCGCUGCGUUGAAUAGUCUCCCAGAGACGCUUGAAAAGACUUAUGAACGGAUUCUGGAUCGGGUAAACAAGAGAGAUUCCAGAUUUGUCCGCCGGACUCUGUUCUGGCUCGUCCGCGGCGUUCGCGAUAUGUCCGGAAACGAGAUGACCACCGCGCUAGCGAUUCGGCCAUUCGACAGUGAUACGUGUCUUGACGAAGGCGACAUUCCCCAUGUUGAUGAGGUACUGGAGGCGCUUGGGGGAUUGGUAACAACCUCCCCUGAAGGAAUCGUCACGUUGGCUCAUUACUCCGUCAAAGAAUACUUAGAGUCUGAAGAGCUGAGGGCGACAAAACCACAGUUCUGGGUCGACAAAGCCUCUGUAGAGACUAUUCUGGCUUCGGCAUGCCUCACAUAUCUACUGUACGAUGCAUUUGAUGAGGCUGUCCUGCCAGACGAAGAGGCUCUCAUAGAUCGAUUGGAGGAACAUCACUUCUUGAAAUAUGCCGCGGAAGCAUGGGCACUACACGCUCAAAGGAGCGAGCAAGACGGCCAUCAAAAUGAGCACGUCGUUGACCUCACCACUCGGCUGCUCAACGCCCGAGAGGACUACUGCCAAAACUUCAACUCCUGGGCUGAAGUCUGCCAUCAGCAGCACUUCGGGAAGCAUUCAAGUCCAAGCGACUUCACCCCGCUAUAUUGUGCUGCUUUCUUCGGCCUGACAGAAGCAGCGAACAUGUUUCUGAACGGCUCUGAAAACCAUGUCAUGUCCAAUUGUUUCCUCGCGGCGGCUCGGAACGGACACGCCAAGAUCGUCAAAUUAUUUCUCGAGACGACUGGCCCAGACCUUUCUCCUGACCCACCACUGAACUUGGGAAAGGCGCUCUAUAUUGCAACCUCGAAUGGGCAUCUCGAAGUAAUCAGAACACUCCUAGACCAUGGAGUAGAUAUUGAAGCACGCGCUGGAAAGGACGGAAACGCACUUCAGGCGGCAGCUUUGGCAGGCCAAGCCGACGCGGCGGAACUGCUUUUAAAGAGGGGUGCAUCUUCAGCCGUCCCGUGCAAGAGGUACGGUACUCCGCUAGCAGCAGCAGCAGAAAAAGGACACGAGAGGACUUGCACCGUCUUGCUCAACCAUAGAGCCAAUCCGAAUGGCAGAGGGGGCUGGUAUUCACUUCCCUUGGUCUCCGCUGUCGUAGGCAAGAAUAUCAACAUCAUCCGCCUUCUGAUCAAGAAAGGGGCAAAAUUGAACUCCACUGGCGGCCACCUAGGGUCUGCCCUCAUGGCGGCUGCAAAACAAGGUAAUAACGAUCUUGUUCGCGAGCUGAUCGACAAAGGCGCACGUGUGAACGACGAAGACGACAAGACGAGUGACGCCCUCUAUACCGCUUCACUUGCUGGUCAUCUGAGCACCGUGGAUCUUCUUCUAGAGCUGGGCGCUGAUGUCAAUGCGAAAGGAGGCAAGCAUCGAAAUGCACUGGGGGCUGCUAGUUCUGAAGGACACGUCAAAAUCGUCAGGCGGCUUCUUGAAGCCAACGCCGAUGUUGAAUAUUUCGACGAGACCAGUGGCAAUGCGCUUCAGACAGCAGCUCUCCGUGGCCACAAAGACGUGGUGACGCUCCUCGCCUCUGCUGGCAUGGACCCGAGUGCUCCGGGUGGUAACAAGGGCAGUGCUCUGGUGUGCGCUGCGUCAAGUGGCCAGGAUGAAGUCAUCAAAGCCUUAUUCAAACUUGGAGUAGAAGCUGGAUCCAAUGAAAACACCACCAGCGCAUUGGUGGCAGCAGCUAUAGGAGGCCACGACAGCACCGUGAAGCUGAUGGCGGUCUCGGGUGCAAAUACCUCUGAUAUCAACAUCCCAUCACAGACCGACGCAUACUGCACGCCUAUUCAGGCUGCAGCUUCCAGGGGCCACAUUGGGAUACUUCGAACACUGGUCGAGCUCGGGUGCGAUGUCAAUGCCACAGAUGAAGGGUGGUAUGGCACAGCCCUCAUCGCCGCCGUCGCGUCAAAAUCCAGAACAACAGAGAUUGUAACGAUGCUUCUCGACCAUGGUGCGGACCCGAACCUUACGGCGUCAUCCGAGUGCCACUAUCACGGGUUCCCACUCGUUCAUGCCGUGCAAAGCGGCAGUGUCGAGGUGGUCAAAAUCCUUCUUGACAGAGGUGCUGACGUGAAUCUGCAGUUCGGGACCGUGCUAAACGCAGUCCAGAUGGCUACAAUUCACGAAGACCAGGCCAUACUGAGUAUGCUGAUUGAUAAAGGUGCAGACAUCAACCUGACCACACAGCCCAAGGACCUUGAUGGGUCAGACGUGGAGGCUGGGUUGACAGCAGGACCCAUAACACCGUUGCAGACCGCGGCAUGGUAUGGGCACACAGACACUGUGAACAGACUAAUCACGCUCGGGGCAAAACUCUCGGUAGACAUCGAUGGCCCUACCUUCAAGUCAGCAUUACAAGUUGCGGCACACAAUGGUUACCUCGAAACGGUCAAGGCGCUGCUCGCUGCUGGUGCUGACAUCAAUGAGCAAGGAGGCCUCAUCGGCUCAGCACUGCAAUGCGCAAUCGCUGAGAGACAAACCGAUGUCGCCAUCUUUCUACUAGAGGCCGGCGCAGAUGCCAACGAGCUUGAUGUGGGCUGGUAUCGGACUCCUCUUAUCAAUGCUGUGUGCUGCGGCGAUGAAAGGGGGCCGGAACUGAUCAGGUUUCUGGUCCAACGUGGUGCCGACGUGAACGCCCGGGCCCAGAAUGAUGUUCCCUUUGCUCUUCAUGCGGCGGCCCAACGUACAGAUUUCGACAAAGGCUUUUUAGAGGUCCUCAUGGAACUUGGGGCCGAUCCCAACGCCCAAGGUGGCCAGUACCACACCGCGCUACAGUGCGCUGCGCAAAGUGGUGACAAUCUGACGGUAGAAUAUCUCCUCAAGCACGGCGCGGAUCCAAACAUCACAGGAGGCAUGUUCCAUUCGCCUCUGCAGGCUUCAUACAAGUAUGGCUACUACUUAGUCUCGGGCACUCUAUACAAAUACGGUGCCAGGAACGACUUACUGGGUGGUCUGGGAGGGUCUGCAAUGGGCCUUGGAUUGGGCGUCAGCACGGGAGACGAACAUUUUGGUUGCUGUCCGACUCUCAUCCAGCAACUCGUGACUGUGAGGAAGUUUGACGUAAACACCCAAUAUGGUCGCUGGGGAAACGCCCUGCAAAACUGCAUCAUGUGUGGGCGAGAAGAGGUGCUCUCUUACAUGUUGAACGCGGGAGCUGAUGUCAACAAGGUUGGUGGCAAAAUGGGCACGGCAUUGACUGCAGCUGCGUUCCAAGGUGUUAUGGACGUUGUGAAGCGUCUCCUUGAUCUGCAGGCAGCUGUGAAUCUAGGAAACUACCGUUACCCGAACGCGGCAUUUGGUGCAAUCAGGGGCAGAGAGCCGGGGGUUUUGGAGCUUCUUCUAAAGCACGGUGUUGACGUGAUCGAAGCCGUUGGCCAGUUCGGUACUGCACUGCAAGCGGCAGCGGGGAUGGGAAGGGACAAAGAGGAUUCUAGUCUCUCGAUGGUGAAGAUGCUCAUCGAAGCUGGCGCGCCCGUCAAUACCAAACCGUGCGGUCGUUGGGGAAGUCCUCUGCAAGCCGCGGCCGCGAAGGGCGACAAAAAGGUCGUUGAGUAUCUUCUCGACCAUGGAGGAGAUGUCAACGCAAAGGGCGGCAGGUUUGGGAGUGCUUUAAAUGCGGCAACGUUACAAGAUGACGUCUCAGUCGUCAGCGUUUUGCUGAAGAAGGGGGCCGAAAUCACGGUAUCUGUCGGGAAGAAGUACUCGGGACCUCUUCAGGCAGCUGCUGCAGGCGGGUGCACAGAUACGCUGCUUCAGCUUAUCGAUGCAGGUGCUGAUAUCCACAGAAAAGGUGGAAAGUACUGCACUGCGUUGCAAGCGGCGUGUGUCUACGGAAAGCUCCGAAAUGUGAGGAUCCUGGUCGAACAUGGCGCUGAGAUGAACGCAGCUGGAGGGUAUUACGGCUCAGCGAUCCAAGCUGCACUUAUCUGCCAGCAUGAUGAUGUUGUGCGGUAUCUGUUACGGAAAGGGAUAACACUUGACCAAGUAGAUCGGAAAUUGGUCAACAAUAUUGCAGAAUUUGCUCUUGACGCAGCUGAUGAAUUAUUAAUGGAGGUCAAGGAAGGAAUCGCAGACGAUGAGACAUCCGAUUCAGGAACAGACCCACAACCUCUCGUUACUCAGAAGAAAACCCAAGACAAGCAGAAGCCUACGCGCUGGGAUGCUGUCCGCGGGUUGAGCUUGCCAACACUGACCAAGAUAGUCGUUCUGGCUGACGUCAAAGCACCGGCCUAUUUCGGAGAAGACAUCAAGGAAGUUGCCGCGCCUAUCUCGCUCAUCAGUGGCGAUGAGGGGAUAUCAAUGGGUACACGGGACAGAGAUGGCCUGGCUACUCGUCCGAAUCUGAAUCGUGUGGCCAGGUCCAUGCCUAUCGUGCCGAAGCCCAAGUUGGAUGAUAGUCCAGACAUAGAGUGGGAUGUUCUAACAUGCUUGCCGGUUGGAGAGAUUGCACCUGUGAAUAGUUGGUGA